AACCACAUGGUGCUUUUCUCAAGAGUUGUGGCUUCGUGGCAUGACUUGCAGGCUGAAAACUUCCUCACUAUUCACAAAAUCAACCAAUUGCGUUCAGUCUCAGUGUUUUUCUACAGCUUCACUCUCACAGAUCUUCUCAUAAGUUAAGACAUCAGGAUGCUGUUACAAACGAGCCGCAAUGCAGAUAUUGAAGCAUGCAUAAAGAAGAUGUAGUUUCUGUGUAAUUUGCUUUUAAAAAAUCUUUUUUAAUUUUAAUGCAGUAGUACUAUUUUUUUUUUUUUAUCAUUCUGUCAUCUGAGAGCGAUAAUGGCACGGCAAACAAGCAGACUGGAUGAGAAAAAAAUCUGCUGUUCGAUCUGUUUGGAUCUCCUGAAGGAUCCGGUCACUGUUCCCUGUGGACACAGCUACUGUAUGAAGUGUAUUAAAAGCUACUGGGAUGAAGAGGAUCAGAAGAACAUCCAGAGUUGCCCUCAGUGCAGACAGACCUUCAUACCGAGGCCUGCUUUGAAGAAAAACACUGUCUUGGCAGAGUUAGUGGAGGAGCUGCAGAAGACUGAACUCCAAGCUUCCCCUGCCGAUCAUGGCUAUGCUGGACCUGAAGAUGUGGCCUGUGAUGUCUGCACUGGGAGGAAACUGAAAGCCAUCAAGUCCUGUCUGCAGUGUCUGGUCUCUUACUGUGAGCAGCACCUCCAGCCUCACUAUGAAUCUACUGCCUUUGAGAAACACAAGCUGGUGGACACAUCAAAGAGGCUUAAGAAAAUCAUCUGUUCUCAACACAGUGAGGUGAUGAAGAUAUUUUGCCGCACUGAUCAGCAGUGUAUCUGUUAUUUGUGCUCCAUGGAUGAACAUAAAGGCCACGACACAGUUUCAGCUACAGCAGAAAGGAAUAAAAAGCAGAGAGAACUUGGGGUGAGUCGAAAGAAAAUCCAAGAGAGAAUCCAGGACAAAGAAAAAGACAUAAAGGUGCUUCACGAGGAGGUGGAAGCCAUCACUCAGUCUGCUGAUAAAGCAGUGAGGGACAGUGAGAAGAUCUUUAAUGAUGUAAAACAGCAGAUCAGAUCUCGUCAGAAAGCUGAAGUGUGUCGUGCAAGAGAGCUUCAGGACAGAAUAGAGAAUGAGAUCACUGUGCUGAAGAGGAAAGAUGCUGAGCUGGGGCAGCUCUUUCAUACACAGGAUCACACCCACUUUCUCCAGACGUACACCUCACUGUCACAUGUGCAUGAAUCUGUUGGAUCACUCGACAUUAAAACAUGUACUUUGCAGUACUUUGAGGAUGUGAUGACAGCUGUGUCAGAGUUCAAACGUAAACUACAGGAAAUCCGUUUUGGCACCGCAGUCUCACAGUUAGAGGGGGAAGUGGAUGCAGUAAUGUCUCGACCUGAACCCAAAACCAGAGCUGAGUUCCUCGGACUAUCUCAAGAACUAACGCUGGAUUUUAACACAGCAAACACAAGUCUCUUAUUUGAAGGGGACAAAAAAGUCAAAUGUAUGAGUAAAAAAUUUUUAUAUAGUCAUCACUCAGACAGAUUCAUCAACAGACAUCAAGUCCUGAGCAGAGAGAGUCUGACUGGAUGUUGUUACUGGGAGGUGGUGUGGAGUGGAGGAGCACUUUCAGUGGCAGUUUCAUACAAGAAUAUCAGCAGAACAGGAGAUGAAAGUCUGUUUGGGAACAAUGACAGUUCUUGGGCACUGGAGUGUUUCAAAAAUGGUUAUGAACUGAGGCAUAACAAAAUCAGAACUGUCAUUUCAGGCCCUCAGUCACCCAGAAUAGGAGUAUACGUGGAUCACAGAGCGGGUAUGCUGUCGUUUUACAGUGUCUCAAAGACCAUGUGUCUCCUGCACAGAGUCCAGACCACAUUCACUCAGCCGCUCUACGCUGGAUUUUGGCUUUAUGUUGGAUCGUGUGUUGAGCUGUGUGAGCUCAAAUAGUCUAGAAAAAGAGGUCUCUCUUAAAGAGGUCAGGCAAAAUAUAUAGCAUAGAUUAUAAGUGCAGUGAUGUAGCAUGGGUCUGUGUUACUUGCUAUAAAAAUUAACAAAAACAAAUAAAAAAAGUAAUUAAAAAUCUUUAACUGGAGGUGAGCAGACAGUGUGUCACAGCUUCCCCAUUUAAGCAAAAACAAAAAUUGCCUAAAAUUGAUUACCUCAGUAAGUGUGUGUGAUAUAGAUGACUUCAGAUGUUGAGGAUGAACUCAAUUGCACAAGUCACCUGGACUGUUAAGGACAGCAUAAGUGCAGGCCAGUGGGAGAGUGGGGACAAUUGGAUCGUCCUGGGUCAUUUGAAGCAGCGUUUUGAGCUUUCUUGUAUUUUAGUGUAAUUUUGUAUUAUGGUUUAUGUAACUGUCCCUGAGACAGUUAAAAUAAAGUUGGUUAUUUCAUGUUUCUGUGAUAGAUUCAUGCUUAAUUUAGUUCAUUUAUUUAUAAGAUAAGAUGAUAAAAGUUUAACAUUAAUUAAAAAACAUGUCUAAAAUAUGUGAUUACAAAAUAUGGGUUUGUUAAAUAUGUAAAGUGCUGUAAAGUUUGUAUGAGGUAAAGUUUGUAAUUGUCACAUGACCAGAGUUUGGUUGAGAGCACAACCAUGGCAUUGUGGAGCUAGCAUGGAUACGUGGCUACAGAUGCAUCUACAGCCUCAGCGUUAAUGUUAUUCUGCAUGUGGUCCAAGAGGCGCACACGGUAUGGUUUCAUGUAUAUUGUUUGUUGUCAAGGGAUUGACAAUUGUUCAAACACAGUAAGAGAGAAAUGAGACACUGGCAGACCGACUCAGAGUUUCAAAGACGUGCGCACGGGUGAGAGUCUCUGAGCAGACUAACACACCGAGCACCGUUUACUCGCUUUAUUUAUAAGGCAAAAUGGGUUACAUAGUACUUCCUCUUUCAACUGAAGAGGGGAGAGCUCAGGCAUUGUCUUAGCUAUCUAACUUCUGCACACAAACUGAAAAACAACGACACAGCAGUAUUCAUGCUUAUCUGACAUCUCAGACACUGAAGUAAAGAAUGCAUGUAUAUCCUGUCUUUGUCAAACAUCUCACACACUUAAGCAAGGAAUACAUUGUGUUCUUUUCAACAGUAAGCUUUACCGUGUGAAAAUAUAUAAACACUUGAUUAUACUUUAAUGAUUUAACUAAAAUAAAAAUUCUCUUA